UCUCUCUAUUCUUCUUCUUCUCCUUCUUCAUGAUAAAUACAUAGUAAACAAACACUACACAAAUUCAAAUAAAGAGACUGUGAAAAAACUUAAAUCGAAUGGGGAAUAGCAAUAGUCGUAUCCGUAGCCGUGUCCUCGGUCGAUUCAUUGUUUUUCUAUUAGUAUUGGCUUCGAUAUGUCUUCUUUUUAUGAGCAUGUCUGUUUGGGUCAUCUCUUCCACGAUUCAGCCAUGGAUAACGAGCCAGCGUGGUAGUCUUGAUAAUAAUUUGAUAUACACAGUCCCUAAUCUCGCUCACCAUCUUCGUAGAAACUCCGUAAUUGGCUCUGAAUCUGAAUCUGAUGACGGUGGCGGUGGUGAUCAUCAUGUUCAUGUCCGACCUGUUGCUUCUACUACUGGCUCCAACGCUAGCGAGGGUUUUCACGCUAAUAAUGGAUUCAAGAACCAAACCAUAAAAAGAAAAAUCUGGACUCAAAGUGAUAAACGUCAGAUUUUGGAACGAGGACUGGCUGCGGCGCGGGCUGUGAUUCGGAGAGCAGGUUCGAGUCGGAACAUCUUGAUAGCGAGAAACGACACCGACUAUGUCCCCAACGGUGUCGUUUAUCGUAACCCGGAAGCAUUUUAUCAGAGUUAUAUUGAAAUGGAAAAGAGAUUCAAAGUGUAUGUGUACAAAGAAGGAGAGCUUCCAAUCUCACACGACGGACCAUGCAAGAACAUAUACGCCAUUGAAGGGAGAUUCAUAGACGAAAUGGAAAACGGUGCGAAGAGGUUCCGAACAAUAGACGGCGAGCAGGCUCACGUUUAUUUCAUGCCCUUCAGCGUUACAUGGAUGGUCAAGUACCUAUACAAGCCCAACUCUCACGACCAAAAUCCCCUCAGGCGCUACGUAGCCGAUUAUGUCAACCUCAUUUCUGCUCGAUACCCAUUUUGGAAUAGGACCAACGGUGCCGACCAUUUCAUGGUUGCUUGUCAUGAUUGGGGUCCCCAUGCAUCAGAAGGCAACCCAUUCGUUUACAACACAUCCAUUCGGGUCUUAUGUAACGCCAACUCCUCCGAAAGCUUCAACCCACAAAAGGACGUAAGCCUACCGGAAAUCCACCUCCUAACCGGCGAAAUCCCUCCGGAACUCCACUCUCCACCGGAAAAUGCCACUCGUUCUCACUUAGCCUUCUUUGCCGGAGGCCUCCACGGCACAAUCCGACCCAUCCUCUUACAGCAUUGGAAAGGCCGAGACGACGAUAUGCAAGUCCACGAGUAUCUCCCUAAUGGCGUGGGUGACUACCACUCCUUCAUGCUAAAAUCCAAGUUCUGUCUCUGCCCAAGCGGAUACGAAGUGGCCAGCCCCAGAGUUGUCGAGGCCAUCUAUGCCGGUUGCGUGCCGGUGAUCUUGUCCGAUAGCUAUGUUCUGCCGUUCAGUGAUGUCCUUAAAUGGGACGAGUUUUCGAUCAACGUCGAGAUUUCAGAUAUUCCUAAGUUGAAGGAGAUAUUGAGUUCGGUUUCGGAGGAAAAGUAUCAAAGACUUAAGGAAGGGUUAAAGACUGUGAGGAGGCAUUUUGUGCUGAACCAGCCGGCGGAGAGAUUCGACGUGUUUCAUAUGUUACUUCAUUCUAUAUGGCUUAGGAGGCUUAAUGUUGGACUUGCAUAGCUAGGAGCUUAUUAUUUAAGUCAAUUUUAAUUAUUUUUUUAUUCUCUCAAAAUAGAGAAAGACAAAGAAGUAUAGAGAUAUUUAUUUCAUGUACAAAGGUACUAAUAUGGGCGCAAUUGAUAUCAAAUGAAGUAAAAGUUUAAUUUAUUGUAAUUA